AUGUACCAGUACCACAACCCUAUUCCGAACCACGUGUUGUGGCCGGGAUGGGUCGAUCCGCACGCAACCCUCAUGACUGAGCCCACGGGCAUGCAGUUGUGUCCUUACCAAGCCAGCGAGGAAGAUCUUGACAAGAAGGGAAAGAGAUCACCCCCGGACUCCAUCGCCUUCAUCGCCUCCAACGGCGUCGGCGUCCCGCGGCGCAUCGGCCUCGCUCUCGCCGCCGCCGCCGCCGACCCUUACGCCUGUCUCACCAGCCCCCUCAUUCGUCCUGCCUACCCUCGCUUAGCCCCCCUCGACCUACCCGACUUCUUGCUCCGCGACCACCACCACCACCUGCGUCUCCCUGCAUCCGAGACCACCGAGUCCUGGGACAUGGUCGUCAUCGGCCCCGUCUCCUCGGGCUUCUGCUACGCCAUGGGCUGGCUCGAGCGCAUCGAGGGUCCCGACGCCAUCAGGGCUUGGUUCCGCAAGCGCAUGGGCCAUCGGUACUUCAGCUGGAGCGCAUGGCAGGAGGCUCCCAUCUUGGACGGCAGAGCGACGUACGAGAUUGAGGCAAGUGUUCCUGGGAUGCGGUACAUUGUCUUGUUGUGCGGAAAUCGCGAGACAGCGUUGGCGGCCGAGAGAAUGUUUCGGUAUACGGAUUUGACGGUGGGCGUGAAGGACCCGAAGUGUCCGUGGGGCGGAAUGCCGGAUCAGAGGGGCAAGAAGAGGUUGGUGACGAGCUUCCAGGUGGAGUGGGAGGGGUAUGAGGAUUGGUGGGAGCCGCGCAGGUGGGAUGAGAACGGAGAUCCGAUCCCGCCGGACGGUGAGAAGGAGAGUGAGUUGAGGGAUGUGGUGUAUCCAAGAAUCAAGAGAACGGAGCCGGAGGAGAGGGUGUUUUGUUGGCCGAUGAGGUUGGGGAAGCCGUAUGGUGCUUAUUGGCAGUCCAUUUGA